GGGAAGGAAGUUUUCCUGCGAGCCUUUUAGAAACCGCUGUAAUGAACAAGCUGUUCCGCACGAUUUGAAAAUAAUCCGCGUGUCAGUGUCAUCUUUCUUAUGCAAAGUAGGUGUCUUUGAAGGCGGAUCUUUUGGCAGGUUAGACCGGGACGGAGGCUCCGACCAGCUCAGACGAGCUGCUGACACCAAAACGCAUCAACUGCUUCCACGAGAAGGAUCCUGCAUUUACUGGGACUCAUUUAUCAUCACCGAGGAGAUUUAUUUCACUUCUUUUAGCGGACUGAUUCGUUGUUUUUCUGGUGCUUCUUGUGAGCAGCUGCAGAAAGGACUGAAAGGACAGAAAGGACUGGAGGGACAUUAUUUUUUCACUGUUUUCCACCAAGUUGUCUCGCAAGAUCGGAGGAAAAGUGGCAUGAAACGUGAGUCUUUUGGGAACACAUUUACCUUCUUUUCUCUCUUUACGCACAGCAGACUGAUCUGCACCGUGCGAGAGACUGAACAAGUAGCUCCACAAACACUUCAGCCACCAAACUGAGCGCCUGGAAGCAGCAGCAGCAGCAUGGACCUGAACGCACGCGUCUUCCAGCGAGAACACAUUGUGGGACCUCUGCGGGAUUUCUGUUCUCAUUAAACUCUGCAAACCUCCAGUAAAAUGAGGACACGGUGGUGUUGUUGCAGCAGAUAGUUCUGGAAGUUUUGUUUUUUUUCUCCCCACAUUGAUCUGAAACAUCAGCAGCCAGGUUUCAUCACUGACUUUUGUUUUUUUAAUGAAAGAAACUUGUGUGUUGUGGUGAACAUUUGGCCUUUUUCUUCAAAUCAAGAUGCGUUCAAGUGUUAAACUGAGCCUCAUCUGUGUGCUGCUGGUCCUGUGGAGCGGUGGGGUUUCAGCCAUCAGCUCAAUAGACUCUGACUGGUCAGGAGAGGGGAGAUGUCAGCACAUCAACAUCCCCCAGUGCAAAGACAUUGGCUACAACAUGACGCGCAUGCCAAACCUCAUGGGCCACGAUGACCAAAAAGAGGCAGCGAUAAAGCUGCAGGAGUUCGCCACGCUGAUACAGUUCGGCUGCCACAGCCAUCUCAAGUUCUUCCUGUGCUCGCUGUACGCCCCCAUGUGCACCGAGCAGGUGUCCAACCCCAUCCCGGCGUGCAGGGUGAUGUGCGAGCAGGUCAAGAUGAAAUGCUCUCCCAUCUUGGAGCAGUUCAACUUCCCCUGGCCCGACUCCCUGGACUGCUCCCGGCUGCCGACCAAAAACGACCCCAAUAACCUCUGCAUGGAGGCGCCCAACAAUGGCUCUGACGAGCCCCCCAAAGUCUCCCACACCCAGCCUCCGGAUUUCAGGCCGCAGCGGCCUCUGAGCGGUCAGGACCUGCACCUGAAGGAUACCGGCAGCAAGCAGACGUGCAGCAAUCCUGGCAAGUUCCACUUUGUGGAGAAGAGUGAGUCCUGCGCCCCCAAGUGCUACCCCAAAGUGGACGUGUACUGGAGUCAGGGAGACAAGCAGUUCUCCCUGGUGUGGAUCGCCAUCUGGUCCAUCCUCUGCUUUGUCUCCAGCGCCUUCACCGUGCUCACUUUCCUCAUCGACCCGCAGCGGUUCAAAUACCCCGAGAGGCCGAUCAUCUUCCUCUCCAUGUCCUACUGUGUUUACUCUGUGGGCUACCUCGUCAGGCUUUUUGUGGGAGCUGACAGAAUAGCCUGCGACAGAGACAAUGGGGUCCAGUAUGUUAUCCAGGAGGGCCUGGAGAGCACCGGCUGCACCAUUGUCUUCCUCAUCCUGUAUUAUUUUGGCAUGGCCAGCUCCCUCUGGUGGGUUAUCCUGACCCUCACAUGGUUCCUGGCCGCGGGGAAGAAGUGGGGUCACGAGGCCAUCGAGGCCAACAGCAGCUACUUCCACCUGGCGGCGUGGGCCAUCCCGGCCGUGAAGACCAUCAUGAUCCUGGUGAUGAGGAAGGUGGCGGGGGACGAGCUGACGGGCAUCUGCUACGUGGGCAGCAUGGACGUCAAAGCUCUCACGGGCUUCGUGCUCAUCCCUCUCUCCUGCUACCUCAUCAUCGGCACGUCGUUCCUGCUGUCCGGCUUCGUGGCCCUUUUCCACAUCCGCAAGAUCAUGAAGACGGAGGGCGAGAACACGGACAAGCUGGAGAAGCUGAUGGUCCGCAUCGGGGUCUUCUCCGUGCUCUACACCGUCCCGGCCACCUGCGUCAUCGCCUGCUACUUCUACGAGAGGCUCAACAUGGACUACUGGCGCAUUGUGGCACUGGAGCAGAAGUGCGUGGACAGCAGCGGCGGGCCGGAGUCGGACGAGUGCGUCAUGAAGGCUUCCAUCCCCGCCGUCGAGAUCUUCAUGGUGAAGAUCUUCAUGCUGCUGGUGGUGGGCAUCACCAGCGGCAUGUGGAUCUGGACGUCAAAGACUCUGCAGUCGUGGCAGAACGUGUUCAGCAGGAAGCUGAAGAAGAGGACGAGGAGGAAGGCCGCCAGCGUGUUCACCAGCAGCAGGCCUUACAUCAAACCUCACCCGUCUCUCAAAGGGCACAAUACGAAGUAUGAGCCGACACGGCCUCCUCCGACAUGUGUAUGAGCUGGCUCUCUUUAAAUACUUGUAAAGCCCUUACCUAAAUGAGACUUUGUAAUCAGAGGUUCAUGUUUUAUUUAUGCAAACUGCGUUGAAGAUAAUGCAACAUGGGUUUUUGUGUGUGUGUUGAGCCAUCUCAUGCAACAAGAGCUGCCUUUGUUUGAGAAAAAAAAACUCCUGGAUUCACUUAUCCUACUGAGGAACUUGGUAAAGAAAAAAAAUCUUAUUGUCCCAAGACAAAAAGAGUGGAAUAAACCAUUUGGAUGUGCCAUGGGGGUCACUUGAAUAAUGUGCAAUAGAUGUUUUCCUUACAGGCAAAAAAAAAAAAAGACACUUGUACUGUUACUGACAGAUUACAGACAAUGAAAGGACCCCACAGACAAUGGAGGCAAAUGGU